CCCACCGUAGCCUCCGGGAGCGGCGGGCGGAACCAAGCCGGACCCGGAAGCCCCUCCUGUGGGCGGCUCUGGCCGCCAUGCAGGGGGGCGCGGGGCCGCGCGUGGGGACAUCCAAGGGCGGCGUCCGGGAGCUGGUGUGGGGCUACCUGGAGAGCAGCGGCCUGGCGGACGCACCACGGCCCGUGCAUGGCCGCAUCCCCAACUUCAAGGGGUCCCACCAGGCUUGUUGCUCUAUUAAAGAGCUCGAUGCGUUCAGCAGAGCAAGUGUGAUCAAAGUGGAUCCUGAUAAGCCUCUGGAAGGUGUUCGGCUAGCCGCACUGCAGGCAAGGAAGACUUUGCUGGUUCCCACCCCACGGCUGAGAAGUGGCCUGUUCAAUAGGAUUGUUCCACCUGCAGGUGCCACCAAGGAGAUUCUGCGGAUAUGUUCUACGUCUCGAGGUAUAAAAGAAUACAGUGUGCCUGUAGGUCUUGAUGGGAAAGUACGAGUGGACCUGGUUGUUGUAGGAUCAGUGGCUGUCUCUGAAAAAGGCUGGAGAAUUGGAAAAGGUGAAGGCUAUGCAGACAUGGAAUAUGCAAUGAUGGUGUCAAUGGGAGCAGUGAAGGAGGAGACACCUGUAGUUACAAUUGUGCAUGACUGCCAGGUGCUUGACAUAUCAGAAGAGCUUCUUGAUGAUCAUGAUUUAACCGUUGAUUAUAUACUCACGCCAACAAGAACUAUCAAGACUAAUUGCAAACGACCGAAACCACAGGGAAUACUAUGGCAUAAGGUCAGCUAUGAGAUGCUGGCAAAAAUCCCCAUCCUAAAGAGUCUUCGAUACAAAGAGAAACAGACAGGCAAGGAUGUUACCCUCCAAGACGAACAUCCAGACUUGGCAAACGCCAACGAGUCAACAGCGUUAAACGAGAAGGCAAUGCCUGGAAAUAUAAGACCACAGGCUGCAAUGGGCUCGGCUCAGCUGGGACAACAGUAUGUUGAAAGUGAUUCUUUAAGUCCCAGAUUAGAGGGAUCUGGCACGAUUACUACCGUGUAUGUGGGGAACAUACCUCCCAACGUAAGAGUGAGCGAGCUGAAAUAUGCUUUAAGGGAAUUCCAUGCAACUCCUUUAAAAGUGAAUUGGCAGGGAGCACAGCACAGGGCUUUUCUCGAUUACAAGGAUAAAGCAGCCGCAGAGAGUGCUGUAUCCUCUUUGAAAGGCUUGAGCCUUGGGGGUAAUACUUUGCGAGUUGAGCUGGCCAAGAAUCAGAGAAACAAAGGGCAAGUAGAAAUCAAUAGUCAGAAAUUAAUUUGAAUGGAGGAAAAAAAAAAGGCGUGUUUUUAUUGUUUUGCAAGAAGCUGACCUAAGUUUUCAAGGUUAUUAGUAUAUGCGCUGAUCUCUGCAGGCCAAACAACAAAGGCAAAGCCAGCUUUUCAAACAAAUGAGGCAUACAUCUCACAGCUGACUUGCCUGCCCCAUUCCUGCAGUUGUACAUGCAAAGUGCGUUUGUCAAGAUGGAUGACAGAGGAGCCUUUUCUCUAAAUGGUUGUCCACAAACUACCCACGUUGCAUAUAUUUGUUUUUCAUUGGCCCUGGUUUGAUUUGCUGUUCAGAGUGUACAUCUGUUAGGCCUGGAUCAAAAACCUGCCCUUUGGUAGCUGCGCGCAGCCACAUGGAGCGAGGUGGUUAUGUUCUGUCAUCUACAGAUUGUACCUGCAGAUUUGUGCUUGCGAGCUUUAAAGCCAGCUGCAGAAAAUCUGUCUUAAAGGUUACAGUUAUGUUUACUAAGAAACGGUGUUUGCCUGAUGCGAGUUUUCAGCAUAUUUUUCGUAAAAAUGGGGGAAGGGACCUUGGCCUAUUUGCGCUCUUGAAGAACUGCUGUAAAAACACUGGCUCAGCCCCCAAGUUCUAGUAAUAACUAUUAACAUCAGGUGGAAGAGAAGGUAGCCCCCUUCUCAGGUUUGUUUUGUUAAUUCAGCCCUCUCUAAACUUUCUAUGUUUUAUUUCAGUCUGGGAGAGGAAACUUUUUCUCUCCUACUUCUCCCCAAAACACUUCAGGUGCCUUUUUGAUGGAUGUAGAUAAUUAUAAAACAGAUUCUUUUCCUGAUUGUCUUGUCUCUUGUAAUGUGGUGUGAUUCCAUUGCCUCUGUGAAAUUACAUUAAUAGAUGCUCAUUGUAGUGGAAAUGAAAAGCAGACAAACCACAGUCAAAACUUGUUGAUGAUUAGUCCUAGUUCUUUGAAAAGUUGUUGGAGAUAGCAGCAAAGCCCGUUCUUGCUGUGUUUUUGUCACCACCAGUGUGGUCUUCCUGCACCCACGGCAGCAGACAGUGAUGAGCAUUAGGGAGCAGCACUGACAAAUUUUAUUUGCAGAAGUGCUAUCAACUACUAGCUUAAAGUAAGUUUUUAGACACACAUGAACACUUCCAGUGUAGAGGAGAAUGAUGAUUUAUGUGGUAUGGCUUUUAUUAUAAUUUUUGUUCAGUUCUUCAUUCCUGAAAAACAAGCUGAAUUUUGGCUGAACCAUCCUUUCUAAACAGAAGCAGUUUUGCCAUUGAUGCUGGGCACAUAGUCAAAGUAAGCAUCCAAAUGGAUUUUUUUUUUUAAUGUAUAAGUUGGAAACUCUUUUUAGCCAGAGGGUACUGUUAAGUAUAUUUUAAGUACAUUAUUAUGCCUCAAGGGUCAGACAUUUCAUACAGUAUUAAAUAAAAAAUUCUGUUAUCAUGUGCUCUGCACAGGAGGGACUCAAGGAAAGCAUUGCUUCAACUUCCUGUAAGGUCAACGUAGGAUAGGUUUCUGAAGUAGUUCUUGUGCUCUGCUGAGCUCUCUUUUCCUCCAGCUCAAAAUUAUUUUCAGUGUCACUUAGUAUGAAUUCAGACAUGAGCACUUAGGGGGCCUCUGCAUCUUGUUUCAGUAGUUGCAUGCUUCAAGGAUAGGAGUCAGGGGUUAUGCUACUACUGCAACAUACUCAUUACAUCAUUGGCUUAGAAAGCAGAGGAAAGAAAAACAAAAAAUAAUUACACAUCACUGCCUUCCCCUUCCAAAUGAUGGCGAAUUAAGUAACAUGAUCAUGUGAUAUUCUUUUUGACUCUUGCAAUACUGCUUGCGUUGGUGAUGACGCCCAGGUGACCUCAGCAGUUAAAAAGCAUUAUUCUGCCAGGGAAAACUUCAGUUGUCUUGAACUUCCCCUGUUAUAUUGCAGGUUGAACCAGCCUUCUAUGGUCUGUGAGAAUUUCAUCCUCUGAUUUUUUUUUUUAUUUUUUUUUAAAUCUCUGAAGUUUCAGUGCAGAUAAGAAUAACCACUGUUGACCACUUAAGGUUUUUUGGGAGGAAAAUAAUGUUUUUUUGCUUUUCACUGAGGCAGAAUGAGUUAAAAGAAAUUUAUAAGUGAUAAAUGAUUUGUAUGCAUGUGUAAAUAAAUACUUAAAGGUAUUUCUAAG